AUGGACGCGAUCUUGACCGCAGCGACGGGGUCCGACGCAUGGACCGCAGCCGUCGUCGCCUUCGCUUCGACGGCCAAAGACGCAUCGACCUUUGACAGCGACCGCGCGCACAAGGCUGACGUGUGUGCGAUGCUGUGGCAGGCGGUGCGCGACCCAGCAUCGCCGUUCGCAGCCAUCCAUGCGAGCUUGACGGCCUGCAAACUUCUCAUGCGGGAGCGUCGGGACAUUGCCAUCUUGCUCUCCACCGAGGCAUUUGACGUCUUCUUGCAGCAUGCGUCGAGGCCGUACGAAACAGAAGCGAGUAAUGCGAUCCAGCUCGAGGCCAUUCGCUGCAUGGUCAACGCCGUGUACAUCCGCCCCGACUUUGUCGAGCAGCUCUUGGCCACCGCACAGUACGACGCGCUCCUGGCGCUUUCCGCGUCGUCGCAGACGAUGGAGUUUCACACGCUGCUCUGGAAGUGCAUUCUUGCCACGUUCGAGCAGCCGCGCGCCAUCACACAGGCCAUUGUGACCCUGCGCGUGUACGCGACGAUCCUGCCCACGGCGGCGUACUGCCUUCGCAGCCGGCACUUUGCCUUUUCGCCAGCCCAGAUUGCACUUGUGCUCGAGCUUGUCAAGGCCAUCUUCGUCAUCACGUCACAUCACAAGGAUGCCAGUGUCGAUGCGCCGUGGCCUGCUGUCGACGAAGCCAUGCCGCUGUUGUGUGACCUCCUUCAGCUGCCCAACACGGCUCCGAUCCUCGAACUCAAGCUGCAGACCGUCAACUGUCUCAUGGUGCUGCAGCAUCCCACGUACAUCGAGUACCUCGUGACGCACAACGCCGCUUAUGACUUGCUGGCGUUCUUGGAUUACGUGCUUCUCAAGGUCCGCCUCGAAAAGACCAAGAAAGCGGGAGACGUGACGCCGCUCCUCAUCGGUCUCAAUUUGCUCUCGACGAAGGACGCCGCCUUUCGUGACACCUGCAGAGUGACCAUCUUUGGCUCGACAGCAACGCCCCUUCCGUCGCCGGAAGGGCUUCCCAUGUCGCCGCAGCGGAGCGCCAAGUUUUCGCUUCAAGAGGGUCUUUUGAGCUUCAUGACGAGCCUCGAUACAGACCUCAAGCGCUGCGCGAGCGAAUUCCUCUUCACACUUUGCCACCAAAACCCGCUCGAGUUUACCCAGCGCACGGGCAUGGGCAACGCCGUCGCCUUGCUUCGCACGAAAGGCCUCGUGUAGUCACAC